AUGGAACAAUUGAGAGCGCCAUUCUCACAAAAGAAUAGUUCGACUAUGUACUAUACACUCAGUAUCAUUCUAGGAACUGUAGCCUUCUCAUAUGGUUCUGUGCCAAUGUAUAAAAUGAUCUGCCAGACUACAGGAUGGGGAGGGCAACCGAUCAAAGCACCCGGACAUGGCGGCAGUGGUGUAGAGGGAGAAGAUCCAUCCGAAAGACUCAGACCUGUCACUUCUGCAAAACGUAUACGAGUAACCUUUAAUGGUUCUGUUUCGGAUGUUCUACCAUGGAAAUUCACACCACAACAGAGAGAAGUUCGAGUUUUACCAGGAGAAACGGCACUGGCAUUUUAUACUGCUACGAAUAAAUCUGAUGAGGAUAUAAUUGGGGUGGCCACUUACAGUGUGACGCCUGGGCAAGUGGCUCCAUAUUUUAGCAAGAUUCAAUGCUUUUGUUUCGAGGAGCAAAGGUUGAAUGCUGGGGAAACGGUUGAUAUGCCAGUGUUUUUCUAUAUUGAUCCGGAUUUCGUCAAUGAUCCGAAUAUGAGAGGGAUUGAGCAGGUUACUCUGAGUUAUACAUUUUUCAAGGCUAGAUAUGAUAAGAAUGGGCAUCUGAAAGCUAUGCCUGUUGGUAUGUAA